AUUCCUCCCUCUCCAUUUUCUCUCUCUGUUGGCCAAACAAAAGGAAAAGAAAAAAAAGCUUAAACUCCAUAGUUGGUUCAAGGAAGAAGAAGAGGAAGCAAGAAACCAUCUAAAGUUCUAAAAUCCUGAGUUCAAACACAGCAGCCCACUUCUAGGAACAUCCGGAAGGUAUCGUAGAGAAGGUUCGGCAUUGGAAUGUUGAAGUUAGUGAGUUAAUCGUCGGAAUCGUGUUCAUCGACAUAUUCAAAAUUCUGGACAACAACUUUCCCUUGACUUCAGGUCCGAUUUACGCUAUCUUACAUAUGUUAAAUCGAAAUACUUUCUAUACGAAAGUUGUAGCCUUACAUCUUAGGAAUCCACAGAAUCAAACGGUUUGCAAUUUCGUGAAGAAACGAUGGAGAUAUGCCCAAAUUACCGCAGGUUGUCCAGUUGUGACGGAAAUGACAAAGUUGGCAAAUUUCGAUGUUGUUUCCACUCCCGCUCAUCCGUAAGGUUUCGGCCGAUGAUUUCUAGGUCUGUACCUUUGCGUUAGACUUGUCGAAUCAUUCAUCACAUACAUACAUGAACAUAUAUGUUAUUCCAUAUGUUAAAACCAUUCCAAAAUAUAUAUGUGAUACAUAUAUAAGUUAUCUAUAUGUUGAGAUCAAAAUACACCAAAUCCAUAAAGUUAAUAUACACAUAAGUAAAUAUAAACUUUGGAAAUCAACCCAACAAUAUGUAUAUGUUAAUCAAAGGUGCUUAAAAGACUUAAAGAAGUAUUUUGGACACUCAAAAUAUCAAGAGAAAGAUUCGCAGACCCAAACGGUCGACGCAAACGGUCGACCGUCGCGUUAAACAUCGAAAUGGACCCCGACUGUCAGACAAACGGUCGACCGCCGGUGGCCAACGGUCGACCGUCGCCCGCCCAGCCGAGAACCGCCGUCGCCACCCAGUCAACAACGGUUGACCGCCGGUCGACCGUCACGGUGAUCUGCCAGCCCGAUACGAUGAAGAUCAAGGUCGACCGUCGCGCCAAACGGUCGACCGUUCCGAGCCCCGUAGCUUAAUUAAAUGAUAUUUUUAUCAGAUUUCACCCAAAUAAAAUAAAGUAUAUUUAUCCAUUCAUAUUGUUUACAAAUUGUUCAUAUCAUAUGACUCAUAUCAUCACACAUAUUGUAGCAUAUCAUAUCAUGUGCAUGCGUAAGAGAUCAUGCGUAAUUGUGUCUCUUAUAGCGUGAUGUGCGGGACUUAGCAGUCCGACAUCACCCGUUCCAGGCUUAGUUUACGUACAUGGUAUUCAGGUUUCGAGUACCACCCCUAUCUUUCUAGUCUCACCUCAUUCGUGAGACUAAGGCCGCGUGAGUUCGUCGUACAAAAUGGGCGAAUCUCAUAGCGCAAGGGUGUCCUUGCUCGUUAGAAUCAUGCAUCAUGUUAUCAUCAUCAGGUACAUUGAUUACAGAGGUGUCAUGUAAUCAUCAUCAAGAACAAUCAAAUUGAUUAAAUGGGAAAUCAUGUUAUCAUCAUCAAGUACAUUGAUUACAUAGGUGUCAUGUAAUCAUCAUCAAGAACAAUUAUAUUGAUUACAUAGGUGUCAUGUAAUCAUCAUCAAGAAUAAUUAUAUUGAUUAAAUAUGCCAUCAGGUAAUUAUCAUUAAAUAUUUAUCAUCAUGAUUCAUCAAAUUGACCAUAUGAUAAUAUGUGCCAUAUCAUGAAUGUUACUAUACAUUUUGUGGACGUAUAUAUAUGAAUAUGUAUAUGUCUGAGAAUCAUUCUACAAUUCUAGCGUGGUACCACUCAGCGGUUUCGCUGAGCGUGUAGUUUGUAUUUUUCGUUGACUACACUUAGGUAACAAGAAGACAAUGGUGGAACCACUCCCGGAGGGCAUUGAGUCAGAGGAGAUGCAAGGAUGGCAGGCAAAUGUUUGAUCAUCAAAGAAUUUAAAUAUGUCAUGAUUUAAUUAUUAUUGUACUUCCGCAUUACUCUGAAAAUAUUUUUAAACGGGUCGCGAUCCAGAGUCUGUAAAUUUAAUAUUUAUAAGUAAUUGUCAUUUUCAAAUGUCAAGCGAAAUUUUUAUUUUACUCUUGUUUCACCUUAAUUCGUGUAAUUCCGGGUUAUACAGAUUGGA